UUUAUUUCGGCCCUUGGUGACCUGAAUAACACUCGAGCCACAGAGUGGCCUUGGCCUUGCCUUAGUGACGCCGUGUGCGGGAGGAUUCCUUGGUAUCCCUUGUCACGGCUGCCACGGAAAUAUUGUACUCAAUUUCCCGACCUUGGUUGGUCAAUUUGUAUAAUUUGCCCUCCCCCAAUGUCGGCCAACGGGAUUUUAUCUGGUAAAUACGGAUCCUUGUCAGUCUGCGUCUGUGCCAUCCAUGUCCGGGAAUUGGUGACAGUCCAGCCAGCCAGCUUUGAAUUCCCAUCGUCAUGCCCUACCCUACCUUGGACGAAAUCUCGGAUUUUCCAACCACGAUACAGACGAAGCACCUGCGGCGGUCUUAUAGCUACCAAGGUAGUGGAGUACGAAGAAAUCUGGGGAAGAUCGCGAGAUCGAUCAUUGUGGCACCGCACCAACGAACACAUCCACUCUAUCCGUACAGUUCCCUCAACUAUCUUCGGUCCCUUCCCUCGGCCCCUUUAUUUUCUUUCCCCUUCUUUCUUGUUUGGCUACCUUUAAACUUUUUUUCUUUUUUUCUUCCUCGCAAUCUUGUCUCCCUUUUUCACGGUCCAAUGGUUCAGUGCUACGACAUGGUGCACACAAGUUAUGCAUGUCUUGAACCACCGGGAACAACCAUUCGUCACCUGCGUCACGUUAAACCCCUCCUUUCACAAAACACCCAACUUGCCUGCCAAACCCGAAAAACAAAGCUUGCAUCGACUCGGGGAGUAGCCGGUUUCCACAAGAAAGCAUGGCUGUCACAAAAACAAAACACAAAACAAAGAAGAUAGAAGACAAAAUGCGCGUUGAUGUUGUUAGAUACCCAACAGCCAGUCAACUUUCCGCAAAAUAUCCAAUCAUAAACACUUACUCA